AUGGCUGGAGAUCUUUUUUACACGUGCUUGGUCCAGUCGGACGGUAUCGAGAACUUCUUGCAAAGCUGGCAUUCGAACUCGGCCGGAAAAGACUGGGCGCCAGGAGGAGCUCGUCCUGCCCUGGAACCCUGGUGCUCCGCCUUCCGCUGA